AUGUGCGACAACGAUAGACACUUUGCCAAGGUGGUGCCGAAGAGAGCAGUUUACUGCCCGACACUAUUGAACGCGAUGUUUUCAGCCUCCGCGAAACGUCUGAGUCGAACAAUUGGCGUUGAUGGGGUCAUUGCCGACCGAUACCAUCAAAUUUGCCUUCGCUCGUUGAUCCCGGCGCUCUCGUCCUCUACGGCCGUCGUUGACGACAACCUCCUGGCCGCUGUCGUAAUCCUGCGCUUCACGGAAGAAGUCGAUAUCGGUUCCAUGACCCUCGAGUCCCAUCUGAUGGGUACUAGAAUUCUGCUUGCCGCCCAGGAAAACGCCGCCGACUUCAGCGGUCUGCGACUUUCCGCAUUCUGGCUUGCCCUGAGGCAAGAAAUAUAUAUGGCGUUUGUUCAUACCCGCCCGGUCUACCACAGCUUCUUCCCCAGCAUCAAGCGGAUACAGGACCGCGGUAACAGCGAUGAGAAUGCCGUGGAUUGCCAUUAUGCCAACAAGGCAGAAGACAACCACGUAAGGAGCUACGCGCAACUGAAAGAGGAUCUUGAUGUAUGGUGGAAAGAGAAGCCAUGGUACUUCGACGCCAUGUGGGCGAAUCCAGAACCUGGCUUUCUGCUGGAAGAACAGUACAUCACCGACGCUGCUGUCACUGGAUUACAGCACUAUCACCUGGCUCGGAUGCUUUUGAUCGCCCACAACCCCAAGGUCGCGAGACUUGGUACGGCUUUCCGGGCAAUGGAAGAAGAACUCAAACAAACCGUUCGUGUGAUAUGUGGCCUUGCUGUGGCGAACGAGAGAACACCCCCAGCAUACGUGAACGCAUGCAUAGCAAUCACCAUGGCAGGCGAUCGUUUCACAGACCGGAAAGAACAAGAGGAGUUGUACAAGAUCCUUGUCAAGACUGACAGGCGGUUGGGGUGGCCGACUCAUGCAGCACAGUCUCAGAUCAGAGAGGCUUGGGGCUGGGAAGACUCCCCAUCACCCCCCGCGAUGCCUAUUGCGGCCAUGUUGAACGCCCGCGCACGAGCUGGGACGGCGGAUUGA